AACCAUUGAAAUUAAGGACACUUCGACGACCUUCGUAACGAAGAACGCCGUGCGGGCUGACAGUGGUCGAUACACACUCAAGUUGACCAACAGCAGUGGAACAGUCUUCUCCGAGGCAGAUGUUGUUGUUCUAGACAAACCUGCCAUGCCCGGAGGUCCGCUGAAGCCGGAGAAAGUCCGCGCGGAUCACGUCGAACUUUCGUGGAAACCGCCUCCCGACACGGGUGGCCAGGAGCUGAAGGGCUACGUUUUGGAGAAGAUGGACACGGAUACAGGACGCUGGGUGCCAGCAGGAGAGGUUGGUCCCAGAGAGACCAAAGCUCGCAUCGAUGGCCUCCAGAAGGGCAAGAAGUACAAGUUCCGCGUCAAGGCUGUCAACAAGGAGGGCGAGUCGGAACCUCUGGAGACGGGAGAGGAAAUUGCUGCCAAGAACCCAUACGAUGAACCUGGCAAGCCAAGCAAGCCAGAGAUUGUGGACUACGACAACACGAAGGUUGACCUCAAGUGGGACAAGCCGGAGAAUGAUGGCGGGCGUCCCAUUCCUGCAGUACAUUGUGGAGAAGAAGGAGAAGCACAGCUCGGACUGGGUGGAGGCCCUCAAGACGCCCGGCGACAAAUGCGAGGCCACCUGUGGAUGGCCUCAAGGAGAACUCCGUCAUGCAGUUCCGGGUACGAGCUGUCAACAAGGCCGGUGUGGGAGAGCCCAGCUGAGCCCACUGAGAACCACAUCGUCAAGCACCGCAACCUGAAGCCUCGCAUUGACCGCACCAACCUGAAGAACAUCAUCUUGAAGGUGGGGAGGUCUCACACUUUUGAGGUCGACAUCAUUGGUGAGCCGCCACCAGAAGUGGUCUGGACGUUUGGCGAGGGACUGCAGAAGCUCAGCCCUGAUGAGAACACUACCAUUGAGAACAAGGAAUAUCAUUCCACCUUUGGCAUAGUGAAAGCUCUUCGCAAGCAGUCUGGCAAAUACACCAUCACUGCAACCAACAGGAAUGGAAAGGACUCGGUUUCAGUCGACAUUACUAUACUAGGCAAACCAGCCAAGCCCGAAGGACCACUGGAGGUCAAGGAUGUCCACAAGGAGGGCUGCAAGCUCAAGUGGAACAAACCGAAGGAUGAUGGUGGCUGUCCACUGCACCAUUACGAAGUUGAAAAAUUGGACAAAGAAACUGGUCGCUGGACCCGCGUUGGCAAGACAGACAAGCCAGAGAUUGAGGUCACUGGCCUGACCCCCAACAAGGAGUACCUCUUCAGGGUCGUUGCUGUCAACGACGAGGGUGAAUCCGAACCACUGGAGACGCUCCAGGGAACCGUAGCCAAGAACCCGUACGAUGAGCCAACCAAGCCAGGGACACCCGAGCUGGUUGACUGGGACAACACCAGUGUGGACCUCAAGUGGGAGCCACCAAAGAGCGACGGUGGUGCACCAAUCGAGAAGUACAUCAUUGAGAAGAAAGAGCGCUUUGGCACCGACUGGGAGAAGGCUGCCGAAGUGCCUGGCACCAAGACUGAGGCUAAAGUGACCCCCCUCAAGGAAAAGACCGAGUUACAGUUCAGGGUGGUGGCUGUCAACAAGGCAGGCCCCAGCGAACCCAGCGAGCCGACACAGAUGCACACCGUCAAGCACAGGAAACUGAAGCCAUACAUUGACCGCACAAACCUGGACGUCACAAUGGUUAAGAAGGGCAAGCAAAUACGCCUCGACGUCGACAUCCGCGGUGAACCACCGCCGAAGGUCACUUGGAAGUUGCUGGAAAAGAUUGUCGAGACUAAAGACAAUGUGGAGGUCAUCAAUGUUGACUACAACACAAAACUGAACAUCAACGAUGCCCAGCGCAAGGACUCCGGCCUCUACAAGAUCACUGCUGAAAAUGAGCACGGAAAAGAUGAAGCUCAAGUUGAAAUUAUUGUUCUUGCUGCACCAUCGAGGCCAGGAGGCCCACUCAAGGUGACCGACGUGCACGACAAGGGCUGCAAGCUCAAGUGGAACAAGCCAGAAGACGACGGUGGCAAGCCGCUUCAAGCGUACGUCGUGGAAAAAAUGGACACGCAGACGGGCAGCUGGGUGCCUGUGGCACGAGUAGACCCCGACAAGACCGAGUGUCCAGUGACCGGCCUCAUACCUGGCAAGCAGUACCAGUUCCGUGUGAAGGCAGUCAAUGCCGAAGGAGAAUCGGAGCCUUUGGUCACUGAUGGGCCAACACUUGCGAAGAACCCAUAUGAUGAACCUGGCAAGCCAGGGAAACCCGAAAUUGUUGACUGGGACGAGAAGCACGUGGACCUGAAAUGGGAUGCACCCAAGGAUGACGGAGGUGCACCCAUCACAGGCUAUGUAGUGGAGAAGAAGGACAGGGUCGGUGGCCACUGGGAGCCCUGCCUGGAGACCAACAGCUCCAAACCCGAGGCCAAGGUGGAAGGCCUAGUCAAAGGACAGCAGUACCAGUUCCGCGUGCGGGCAGUCAACAAGGCUGGACCCGGCGAGCACAGUGAACCGACUGGAACCCACCUCUGCAAGGAGCGAUUCUUGGCACCAAAGAUCGUGCGAGACAACCUCCAGAACAUCACUGUCCGUGCUGGACACGUUGCCAAGCUUAACGUGGAAGUCAUAGGCGAACCUCCACCAAAAACAACAUGGCUUUUCAACGGAAAGGAACUGGAGAAGAGUGAUGUCGUCAAGAUUGAUGAUGAGGAUUACAAGACGUUCCUGUGCAUAGGCAAGGUGUCUCGCAAGCACUCCGGCAAGUACACCAUCAAGGCUGAGAACUCAUCAGGAAAAGACGAAGAGACCAUAGAGAUCCUUGUUCUUGACAAGCCUUCCAAACCCGAGGGUCCACUGGAGGUCACAGAUGUGGACGCCAAGGGAUGCAAGCUGUCAUGGAACAAACCUAAGGAUGACGGUGGCACUCCGAUCGAGGGAUACCAGUUGGAGAAGAUGGAUACUGCAACUGGAAGGUGGGUGCCCUGUGGAAAGGCCGACAAGGAUACCACUGAAAUGAAGGUGACCGGACUGGAACCGGGCAAGAAGUACCAGUUCCGCGUUAAGGCUAUCAACAACGAGGGUGAAUCGGAACCACUCGAGACAGAGCGAUCGACCCUAGCCAAGAACCCAUACGAUGAACCCGGGGCACCGGGCAUGCCGGUCAUCACCGACUACGACAAGGACUUUGUGGUGCUCAAGUGGGACGAGCCGAUCAAGGACGGCGGUGCACCCAUCACGGGUUACAUCAUUGAGAAGAAGGACAAGUACAGUCAUGACUGGACGCCCGCUGCCGAGGUGGUUGGCAACAGGACCGAGGGCAAGGUGGACAAGCUUCAGGAAGGCGACAAGUACGAGUUCCGUGUGCGAGCCGUCAACAAGGCCGGUCCGGGUGAGCCAAGCGAGGCCACUGCACCCCACCUCAUGAAACACAAGAACUUGAAGCCACGUAUCGACCGAACCAACCUGCGCAACUUGACAAUCAAGGUUGGCCAGGCAGUCAGCUUUGACGUGAACAUCAUUGGCGAGCCACCGCCAACGGUCACGUGGGAGCAUGUGGGCAAGGGUGAGGUCAAGUCUGACGAGGUGUACCAGGUUGACAACGUAGACUACAACACCAAGUUCAACAUUCUGCGGGCAACCCGCAAGGAGACGGGUGUCUACAAGGUCAAAGCUACCAACGCCUCUGGAACAGAUGAGGCAGAAGUGGAGAUCAAUGUCCUAGGCAAGCCAGGCAAGCCCAACGGACCUUUGGAGGUGUCCGAUGUCCGAAAGGACGGCUGCACGCUGAGCUGGAAGAAGCCGGACGACGAUGGCGGCUGCCCAAUCGAGUGCUACGAGGUGGAGAAGAUGGACGAGGAAACUGGCCGCUGGGUGCCAGCUGGCAAGUCAACGGAGCCCAAGCUGGAGGUCAAGAACCUGGUUCCAGGCAAGAAGUACAAGUUCCGAGUGCGUGCUGUCAACAAGGAAGGUGACUCUGACGAGCUUGAGACGGACACGAGCACGCUUGCCAAGAAUCCCUUUGACGAACCUGGCAAACCGGGCCGUCCCGAGCCAACAGACUGGGACAGUGACCAUGUGGAUCUCAAGUGGUCACCACCAGAGAGCGAUGGAGGCACUCCCAUCACAGCGUACGCAGUUGAGAAGCGCAAGAAAGGUGCGCACAAGUGGCAGAAGGCCAAGGAAGUGCCUGGCACCAGCAACGAGGCCACUGUCAGUGACCUGGAAGAGGGAGAGGAAUACGAGUUCCGUGUCAUUGCCAUCAACAAGGAAGGACCCAGCGAGCCUAGUGAUGCUUCCCGAUCCGUGGUGGCCAAGCCCAGGAAGUUGGCACCCAAGAUUGACCGCACCAACCUCAAGGACACAACCAUCAAGAGUGGCCAGUCGCUGAAACUUGACGUGGACGUGAAGGGCGAGCCCUGCCCAACCAUUGAGUGGUCCUACAAUGGACAGCCUCUCAAGGCGAAUGACAAAAUCAAACUUGACAUUGAGGACUACCACACGCUGUUCAUCCUGACCGGGGCCAAGCGUGCCCACACUGGAACCUACACUAUCACAGCCAAGAACAUGCAUGGCACUGAUGAGGCAUCCAUUCAGCUCAAAGUGCUCAGCAAGCCAUCCAAGCCCAAGGGCCCACUGGAGGUGUCGGACGUAACAGCCGAAGGUUGCAAGCUGAAAUGGGACAAACCGGAAGACGAUGGUGGCGAGCCCGUGCAACAGUAUGUUGUGGAAAAGAUGGACACAGAUACUGGUCGCUGGGUGCCCGUCAUGACCACCAAGGAACCAGAGGCUGAGGUCAAGGGCUUGAUUCCAGGCAAGGAGUACAAGUUCCGCGUCCGUGCCGUCAAUCCAGAGGGCGAGUCGGAGCCACUCGAGACGGAACAGGGAAUUAUUGCCAAGAACCCGUAUGACGAGCCAGGCAAACCGGGCAAGCCAACAGCCAAGGACUGGGACAAGCACCAUGUUGACCUGGCCUGGCAGCCUCCGUCAAGCGACGGUGGUGCUCCAGUGACGAGCUACAUUGUGGAGAAGAAGGACAAGUUCAGCACCAAGUGGCAGAAGGCUGCCGAGAUUAUCGGCGACAAGUGCGAAGCUAGAGUGCCCGACCUCAUUGAGGGCAUGGAGUACCAGUUCCGCGUCCGAGCUGUCAACAAGGCUGGCCCGGGUGCACCCAGUGAUGCAAGCGAUGUGGUCAUUGCCAAGCCACGCUUCUUGGCUCCCAAGAUUGAUCGUUCCACGCUCAAGGACGUGACCAUCCACGCCGGACAGGGCGUGAAGUUUGACGUCAAGGUUAUCGGCGAGCCUCCUCCGAAGACUACAUGGUUCCUAGAGAAGACUGAACUGAAGGAUGGAGGGCCAUACUCGAUCGACAAGGAGCCUUAUCGCACAAAGUUCACCAUUCAUAAUGCAGAGCGCAAGGACACUGGGGAGUACAAGUUGGUGGCUGAAAACACCUCUGGAAAGGACGAGGCUACAGUCAAGAUCACAGUCCUGGACAAGCCCACACCUCCCGAGGGGCCUUUGGAGGUGACGGACGUGCACGCCGAGGGCUGCAAGCUCAAGUGGAACCCGCCAAAAGAUGAUGGUGGGCAACCACUUGAUGGCUAUGUGGUGGAGAAAAUGGACACCGAUACUGGGCGUUGGGUGCCCAUCGGUCGGCCCACAAAGCCCGAGAUGGAGGUCAACAACCUGGAGCCAGGCAAGGAGUACAAGUUCCGGGUGCGUGCUGUCAAUCCUGAGGGAGAGUCCGAGCCACUUGAGACCGAGAAGGGCACCAUUGCCAAGAAUCCCUAUGAUGCACCUGGUAAACCAACGGGAGCAGAAGUUACAGACUGGGACAAAGAUCACAUGGACCUGAAGUGGCAGCCACCACUCAAGGAUGGUGGUGCCCCCAUUGAAAAGUACAUUGUGGAAAAGAAAGAGAAAGACAGCCCUGUCUGGACCAAGGCGGCUGUAGUGGACGGCAAAUCCUGCGAGGCUCGCGUGCCUGACCUCAUUCCCGGUGAGACUUACGAGUUCCGGGUUCGAGCAGUCAACGCUGCUGGCCCUGGAGAGCCAUCGGAGACCACCAAGCCUAUGGUUGCCAAACCUAGAAAAUUGGCUCCUAAGAUUGACCGCCGCAGCCUGAAGCCUAUCACUAUCAAGGUUGGCCAAGACUUCGAGUUUGAUGUGAAGGUUCAGGGUGAACCGCCCCCAAGUGUCAGCUGGAUGCUUGGAUCCAAGCCAGUGGCUGAGCGUCCCACGCUGAGCAUCACAAAUGUUCCGUACAACACGAAACUGACCUGCGACCGUGCCGAGAGGAAGGACAAUGGUGUCUACAAGAUCAUUGCCUCAAACCAGUACGGAACAGACGAGGCUGAGGUGGAAGUCAAUGUCAUCUCCAAACCCUCGAAACCUGAGGGUCCUUUGGAGGUGUCUGAUGUCACCAAGAACGGCUGCAAACUGGCCUGGAACAAGCCCAAGGAUGACGGUGGUGAGCCUAUCACCAAAUAUGUGGUGGAGAAACAAGACCCGGACACGGGUGCAUGGGUUCCCAUUGGUGCAAGUCACUCGCCCGAGUUCCAAGUCACGGGACUCACUCCUGGCAAGGACUACAAGUUCCGUGUCAAGGCUGUCAACAAAGAAGGCGAAUCAGAGCCUCUGGAGACUGACAUUCCCAUCACAGCCAAGGACCCAUAUGAUGCCCCAUCGGCUCCUGGAAAGCCAGAGGCCACGGACUGGAACAAGGAUCAUGUGGACCUCAAGUGGACGCCACCAGACAAGGACGGGGGUGCUCCCAUUUCGCACUAUCUCAUCGAGAAGAAAGAAAAGGGCAGCCCUCGUUGGGAGAAAGCAGCCGAGGUGCCCGGCGACCAGUGCAAGGGAACCGCUCCUUUCUUGGACGAAGGAAAGGAGUAUGAGUUCCGCGUUAUCGCCGUCAACAAGGCCGGUCCUGGAGAGCCCAGUGAAGCCUCCAAGCCCGUUGUGGCUAAGCCAAGAUUCUUGGCACCACGCAUUGACCGCAAGAACCUCCACGACUUGACCAUCAAGGCUGGACAGCCAAUCAAGUUUGACGUUAACGUCCAGGGUGAGCCUCCACCGACCAUCGUCUGGUCUCUAGACGAUGAGACCCUGAAACCCACCACACAUCGCAACAUUGAGACUGAGGACUACAACACCAAGUUGUCUGUGCGGAGGGCUGAACGUGGUGACUCUGGAAAGUACACCAUCACUGCCACAAACAGCUCUGGCAAAGAUGCAGCCACGGUUACAGUCAACGUCUUGGAUGUUCCAGGAAAUCCCGAAGGUCCUCUAGAGGUCUCUGAUGUCCACAAGGAGGGUUGCAAGCUGAAGUGGAAACGACCAAAGGACACCGGAGGCAUGCCACUUGAUGGAUACCUCGUGGAAAAAAUGGACCCUGAAACUGGUGUCUGGGUUCCUGUGGGCAAGACCAAAGAGCCCGGAAUGGAUGUGACUGGCCUGACUCCAGGAAAGGAAUACAAGUUCAGGGUUAAGGCCUUGAACAAAGAAGGCGAGAGUGAGCCUCUUGAGAUGGACGGAACCAUUGUUGCCAAGAAUCCAUUUGAUGAGCCCGGCAAACCAGGCAACGUCGAAGCAACGGACUGGGACAAGGACCACGUGGACCUCAAGUGGACUCCGCCCGAGAACGAUGGCGGUGCUCCAGUGGAGAAGUACAUCAUUGAAAAGAAGGACAAGUGGGGCAACUGGGAGAAGGCCGCCGAAGUGCCUGCCAGCCAGACAAAGGCCACGGUGGGAGACCUGGCAGCCAACCAGCCAUACGAGUUCCGUGUCAUAGCCGUCAACAAGGCAGGACCGGGUGAACCCAGUGAUGCCACACUGCCCAUAAUCACCAAGCCACGCAAGCUGGCACCCAAAAUUGAUCGUACCAACCUGGACAAGGUGCGCAUUAAGGCUGGGCAGAACUUCAACUUUGAUGUCAACGUCAUUGGUGAGCCACCGCCAGAGGUCACCUGGACCCUGAAGGGCAAGAAGGUGCUCCCCACGGAUCACGUUAAGCUCACCAACGUUCCUUACAACACCAAACUCAACGUUCGGCAUGCUCAGCGUGCUGACAGUGGCACUUACACCAUCACAGCUGUCAACGAGCACGGCAAGGAUGUUGCUGACGUCGAAGUCAUUGUCCUGGACAAACCAACGCCUCCUGGAGGACCACUCAAAAUCGAAGACGUCCACGCGGAGGGUUGCACACUCAAGUGGAAUCCUCCUGUGGAUGACGGUGGCAUGCCUGUCGAUCACUAUGUUGUUGAGAAGCUCGAUCCUAAUACAGGCCUGUGGGUCCCAGCUGGUGACACCCAUGGGCCCGAGACUCAGAUGAAGGUAAAGGGAUUGCAGCCAGGCAAGACGUACAAGUUCAGAGUCAAGGCUGCCAACCGCCAGGGAGAGUCUGAACCUCUUGAAGCUGACAAAUCCAUCGUCGCCAAGAAUCCAUUCGAUGAACCUGGCAGUCCUGGCAAGCCGGAGAUUGAGGAUUACGACAAGGACUUUGUGAAGCUUAAGUGGACCCCACCUGAAAAUGACGGAGGAUCGCCUAUCACGGGCUACGUCAUUGAGAAGAAGGACAAAUACAAUCCUGACUGGACACCAGUCAUGGAGGUCCCGGCAGAUGAGACUAAAGCAAAGGUUGGUGAUCUCAUCGAGGGUACUCCGUACGAAUUCCGUGUCAGGGCAGUCAACAAGGGCGGACCGGGAGUUCCCAGCGAGUCCACUGGACAACAUGUUGCCCGCCCCAAAAACAUGGCUCCAAGGAUCGAUCGCACUGCUCUGCAUGACAUCCGUAUCAAGGUUGGAAAGAGCUUCGAGUUUGAAGUGCCCGUCCUUGGCGAGCCGCCGCCAAACAAGAAGUGGGCCCUGGAGGGCAAGAGCAUAGAGGACAACAAGCGCUGGACCAUCUCACACGAGCCUUACAAGACCAAGCUGGCAGUGCGCAAUGCUGAACGUGGUGACAGUGGCACCCUCAUCCUGACGGCAACCAAUCCCAAUGGCACAGACACUGCUAAAGUCAAUGUCGUUGUCAUGGAUGUGCCGCAGGCACCGCAGAUGAUCAAGAUUGACAAGAUCACCAAGGACAACUGCGAGGUGUCGUGGAAGCCUCCAAAGGAUGAUGGUGGUUGCGACAUCUUGCAUUAUGUCGUUGAGAAGAAGGACCUGGACUCUGGCAUCUGGACACCUGUCGCUGAAACCAUGGGCACCACAGUGAAGGCUGAACGCCUGGCCAACCAGCACCAGUAUCACUUCCGAGUGAAGGCGGUGAACAAGGAGGGUGACUCUCCUUACGCGACAACUAAGGAUGCCAUCACUGCCAAGAAUCCGUUCGACCAACCCAACAAACCAACACCUCCGGAGGUCACCGACUGGGAUGCGGACCAUGUUGACCUCGAAUGGCGUGCACCGCGCGAUGGUGGUGCCCCGAUCACGGGAUAUGUUGUGGAAAAGCGCAACAAGGGCAGCCCGCUGUGGGAAGAGGCUGCUCGCGUUCCUGGCGAUGCCACCAAGGCCACUGUGCCUCACUUGAAGGAAGGCGAGGAGUACGAGUUCCGUAUCAUUGCCCUCAACAAGGCCGGACCCAGCGAGCCGAGCGACCCAUCAAAGUCGGUGGUUGCCAAGCCACGAAAGUUGGCUCCAUCGCUGGACAAAGCUGCCCUGAAGGACAUCAAGGUACGGGCUGGACGGCCUAUCAAUUUCACAGUACCCAUCAAGGGAGAGCCUGCGCCUACCAUCGAGUGGCAUAUCCACGACAAGCCGGUGCAUGACAAUCGUGUUGAGGUCACCAACACAGCCAACCAAACAUUGCUGGACAUCGCAUCCUCCGUGCGGUCUGACUCUGGAAAAUACACGCUGGUUUUGGAGAAUGCCCAUGGCAAGACAUCAGCCUCUGCUAAAGUGACUGUUCUCGAUCGCCCAUCACCUCCUGAAGGACCUCUCGGCAUUGCUGAAGUGACUAAGAACUCAGCCACCAUUACCUGGAAGGCUCCUGCCGACGAUGGCGGCACUCCCAUCAAGCACUAUCUUAUUGAGAAGAUGGACACGUCUCGUGGCACCUGGGUGGAGGCUGGCACCACACCAAACCUCACUUUCAAGGUUCCCAAACUGGUGCACAAGAAGAGCUAUCAGUUCCGCGUGAAGGCUGUUAACGAGAUUGGCGAGUCAGAGCCACUUGAGAAGACUGAGCCCAUCAUUGCCAAGGAUCAGUUCGAGAAAUCGAGCCAGCCAGGCCGUCCUAAGGUGACUGAUUGGGAUAAGGAUCAUGUCGACCUAGAAUGGAAGCCACCCAGUGAUGAUGGCGGUUGCCCCAUCAAGAGCUACAUCAUCCAAAAGAAGGAGCGUGGCUCUCCCCUCUGGACAAAGGCAAAGGAGGUUCCGGCAUCACAGACAAAGGCCACUGUGCCAGAUCUCAGAGAAAACCAGGACUAUGAGUUCAGAGUAAUUGCAGUCAAUGCUGGUGGCGAGAGCGAGCCUUCGGAGCCAUCGGAUCUCAUCACAUGCAAGCCCAGAUUCUUGGCACCCAAGAUCGUGAGCCCCAUGAAAGAAGUCAAGGUCAAGAUCGGCCAGACUCUACACGUCGAAAUCAAGUUUAUUGGUGCUCCUCCACCGACCGUCUCAUGGAUGGUCGAUGGCAAACCGUUGAUCUCGGAUGACCGGGUCACCAUAUCCAACUUUGAUGACUACACCAUCAUCAACACCGUUGACACCAAGAGGUCUGAUGGCGGGGCAUACACGUUACACCUCAAGAACGAUAGUGGCGAGGACAGUGGAACUUUGCCAGUUGUCAUUCUGGAUAAACCAAACCCGCCAGAGGGUCCCUUGAAUGUUGAUGAAGUUGACAAGGAUCAUGUCAAGCUUUCCUGGAGGCCUCCUAAGGACACUGGAGGAAGUGACAUCACGGGUUACGUGAUUGAGAAGCGUGACAAGACCCAUGGCGGCCAGUGGGUGCCUGCAGUUGCAUUUGUGCCGCCAACAGCCACCGAAGCAACUGUGCCUAAACUCAUCGAAGGAACCGCAUACGAGUUCCGAGUUAUGGCUGAGAAUGCACAGGGACUCUCUGAGCCUCUCACAACGACUCGUCCAGUUGUGGCCAAGAGUCCAUAUGGCACCCCAGGCAAGCCUGGGCAGCCUGAGGCAGUGGAUCAUGACCGUGACUUCAUCAAAAUCAAAUGGGAGCCACCACGCAAUGAUGGAGGGUCACCCAUUACUGGCUAUGACAUUGAGCGUAGAGACACCAAGUCUAACCGCUGGGUGCGCGUCAACAAGGAACCUGUUCGAACACCUGAGUAUACAGACAAGGAUGUGACAGAUGGGCACCAGUAUGAAUAUAGAGUGGUUGCAAAGAAUGCAGCUGGUCCGAGUGAGCCAAGCAUGGCAUCUAAGCCAAUUGCAGCCAAACCGAUGAAAGAGAAGCCAAAGUUGCACCUGGACGGUCUCUAUGGAAAGGGUAUCCGUGUGCGUGCGGGUGAUCCGCUCAACAUCAACAUACCACUCACGGGUGCACCUGCACCUGCUGUCACGUGGCUGAUCAACGACAAGGAGAUCCCGCCCACCAACCGGAUCCGUACUGACACCGCUGACGAGACGGUCAACCUCACCAUCCCAGUGUCACAGAGAGGUGACACAGGAAAGUACACCAUCAAGGCAAAGAACAUGUAUGGAGAAGAUUCAGCUGACAUUGACGUUCUCGUCUAUGAUAAGCCUGGACCUCCUCAAGGACCACUCGAAUAUCCUGAGGUGACUAACUCUACAGUUGUGCUCAAGUGGAGGAAACCAGAGGAUGAUGGUGGAGCAGAGAUCACAGGAUACCUUGUUGAGAAGUGUGAGAUUGGUUCCGACUUCUGGCAGCCUGUGCCAGGCUACUGUCCCAACACAACAUACACUGUGCGCAACCUCGAGGAAGGCAAGCAGUACAAGUUCCGUGUUCGUGCAGAGAACAUUUAUGGCAUCAGUGAACCACUCGAGGGCAAGCCAGUCACUGCCAAGAACCCAUUCGACACACCCGACUCUCCUGGUCAGCCAAAGGUUGAUGAGAUUGGCCCGACCGCUGCUACCAUUUCUUGGACGCCACCAGCCAGCGAUGGUGGACGUCCAAUCCAAGGUUACAUUGUGGAGAAGCGUGAGCGGGGACAUCCCGAAUGGGUCAAGGCCAAUGCUGCACCGACGCCUGGCACCCAGUUUACAGUACCUCACCUCACCGAGGGCAAGACCUACGAGUUCAGGGUGACAGCUGUCAAUGAGGGCGGCCCCGGAAAACCAAGCAAGCCAAGUGUUGCCGUUGUGGCCAAGGAGCCCAAGUUUGCUCCCAGCGCUCCAGACACACCACGUGUGGACAAGGUCACCAAGAACUCGGUUACUCUCUCCUGGAACAAACCAACAAACGAUGGUGGAAGCAAGGUGAAGGGCUACAUUAUUGAGAAGAAGCCCAAGGAUGCCAAGGACUGGACGCCGGUGAACAUCCUGCCACACCCAGACACCAACUUCACGGUGCCCAACCUGGAUGAAGGACAGGAGUACGAAUUCCGCGUGGUGGCCGUCAACGACAUCGGCGAGAGCCCACCGAGCAAACCCACUGGCCUUGUGCUUGUUGAGGAGCAGCCAGACAAGCCAAGGAUCAAUGCUGGCGCUGUGAAGGACAUUGUUGUGAAGGCUGGCCAAGACUUCAGUAUCAACGUGCCAUUCACUGGAUUCCCCAAACCAGAAGCUAUCUGGUCCAAGAAUGACAUUGACCUUGAUGACAAGGAGCCUAGAAGAACAUACAAGGUGUCGGAGGAAAAUGCCAGCCUGACUGUUACCAAGGCAAAGAGGGACGACACUGGCCAGUACAAGCUGUUCCUCAAGAACAAGCAUGGAUUCGACACUGUCUACUGUAAGGUCACUGUCCUAGAUCGUCCAGCACCACCAGAGAACCUGCGCGGCGAAGAGGUGGAUGGUGACUCCCUGACAUUGCGCUGGCUGCCACCAAAGGAUGACGGUGGAGCGGAAAUCACCAACUAUGUUGUGGAGAAGCAAGAGGAGGGCACCAAGUCGUGGCACCGGAUUGGCACUUACGUUGUGGGCACUGCGUUCCGAGUGCGUGGGCUCACCGUUGGCCGUCGCUACAACUUCAGGGUCAUGGCUGAGAACCAGUUUGGAACCAGUGAUCCUGCAACAACUGCUGAACCCAUACUUGCCAAGCUGCCAUUUGACCCACCAGGUGCACCGGGAGCGCCACAUGCUGUGGACACAUCGCCCGACUCCAUCACCAUUGCUUGGAGCAAGCCACGAAAUGACGGCGGCUCGCCAAUCACUGGUUACCUUGUCGAGAAGCGCAAAGUUGGCGACACCAAGUGGAGCCGUGUUACACCGACACCAGUGCCAGACCUCACGCACAAGGUGCCAGGCCUAACUGAAAACCAACAGUAUGAAUUCCGCGUGUGUGCCGUCAACGCAGCUGGAGAGUCGCCCUGGAGCAAUACUUCCGAGGGCAUCUAUGCAAGGCCUCCUCCUGCUGCUCCCAAGAUUGACAGUGGCUUCGUCAUGCGUGACAUUGUGGUCAUGGCUGGUGAGGAGUUCACCAUCCGAGUUCCAUACAGUGGCAGUCCAGCACCAGAGGCAUCUUGGACUAUCAAUGGAAACGCUGUGCUACCUGACGACAGGAUCCACACCGAAGUUAACGUGGCAUUCACCGUGUUCCUCAACAAGAAGGCAAAGCGUGACGACAGUGGAAAAUACACACUGACGUUAAAGAACCCACAGGGCUCAGACACAGCAUCAUGCAAGGUUCUUGUUGUUGACAAACCAGGCCCGCCGCAAGGUCCACUGGAGGCAUCGGAUAUUACACCCGAAACCUGCUCACUCUCAUGGCGACCUCCCCUGGAUGAUGGUGGUAGUCCGAUCACUAAUUAUAUUGUUGAGAAACAAGACCCAACCACCAAGAUUUGGACCAAGCUGUCUAGCUUUGUCCGUGGCUGCCACUACGAUGUCAUCGGACUGGAACCAAACAAGAAAUACAAUUUCCGAGUCAGUGCAGAGAACCAGUAUGGUGUCAGUACUCCACUGGAGACUGAUCGUCCCAUCACUGCCAAGUUCCCAUUCGAUGUGCCAAGCCCACCAGGUCGUCCAGACAUUGUGGACUAUGAUGUCACCAGUGUGAGCCUGAGAUGGGAUCGUCCUGCAAGUGAUGGUGGUUCCAAGAUUCAAGGAUACCAGGUUGAAUACCGUGAGCCCAUCGAUGGCAAGUGGCGUAUUGCCAAUGAUGGUCUCGUCAAGGACACAUCCUACACCGUUACUAGGCUGUUCGAGGGCAAGGACUACGAAUUCAGGGUGAAGGCCAAGAAUGCUGCUGGCUUCAGUGAACCCAGCGAGCCUACAGCAACACUGAGGCUAAAACCGAAAUUCUCUGUUCCAUCGCCUCCUCAGAAUGUUCAGGUGGUCAAAGUUGGAAAGAGCUACUGCGACCUCAAAUGGGACAAGCCUAGAUCAGACGGUGGCAGCCGCAUUACAGGUUACAUCGUGGAACGACGUGAGGUUGGCAGUCCAUUCUGGUUGGUGUCCAAUGACUACACCAUCCUGGACUGCGACUACACGGACAUGAAGCUCAAGGAGAACAAUGAGUACGAGUUCCGCGUGUACGCUGUUAACGCUGCUGGAAAGAGCGAGCCGUCCAUGUGCACCACACCGGUGAAGGCAACAGAGUACAAAGAUGGAGUGAAGCCCGAGUUUGUGCGCCGCCUUUUCAACAAGAAUGUCAGCCUUAAGAAGCAAGUCACUCUUGAAUGUGAAGCCAUUGGAAAGCCUGCACCAACUGCAAGAUGGCUAAAGAAUGGCCGAGACAUCCGUGUUGGAACAAGAAUCCGAGCUGUUGAGAAGCCAGAGGAAGGCAUUUACCAGCUUGUCUUCAGCGAGAUUGAAGACGGGGAUGAAGGAGAAUACACCUGUGAAAUUAGCAACCCUCUGGGCUCAGCACGGUGUUCUGCAGACCUCAAGAUUGCUGCACCACCACGAAUUGAGCGCUGUCCGAAUGAAGUGUUCGUCCCAGAGAAGGACAACGGCAAGGUCAAGAUCUACUUCUCGGGCUCAACACCUAUGGAGGUAUCACUGUUCAAGGGCGGCCUUGAAGUGCCAGAGAGUGACCACCUCAAGUACACAGUGUUUGACGACUACGUAAUUGUGUACCUGCGGGAGGCAGAGAAGCCAGAUGAGGGCAAGUACCAGCUCACCCUCAAGAAUGACAGCGGCACGGCAAGCGCCCAGUUCACACUCUACGUCACUGGCUUACCUGGGCCACCUGUCGGACCUCUGGAAGUGUCUGACAUCACUCAGCACACGUGCAAACUUGUAUGGCACCCACCCAAGUAUGAUGGCGGCUGCAAGGUCACCCACUACAUUGUGGAGCGCAGGGAAACCACUCACAACCAGUGGGUGGUGGCAAGCACCUAUUGUCGUGACACAACACUAACAGUACAAGGUCUGACUGAGAACGGAGAGUACCUCUUCAGAGUCAUGGCUGUCAACGAAAAUGGCCAGAGCGUUCCACUAGAAGGAACAAACCCGAUCAUUGCCAAGUUGCCAUUUGAUCCACCAACUGCACCUGGCGUCCCCGUGGUGACGGAGGUGGGAGGCGACUUUGUGAACCUGUCGUGGGAGAAACCAGAAUCGGAUGGCGGCUCACGCAUCCUUGGCUACUGGGUGGACAAGCGCGAAGUCGGCACCCAAGCCUGGCAGCGCGUCAACCCUGCGCACCUGUGCCUGCCAACGCAAAUCAAUAUCCCCAACCUUAUUGAAGAUCGCCAAUACGAGUUCCGCGUGUUUGCCGUCAACGAAGCCGGCCAGAGUCCGCCGUCUUCGAACUCCCAGCAAGUCAAGAUCAAGGACCCACAGGCUGCUGUGCCACCCGAGUUCAUCAUGCCGCUCAAGACUGCCAUGGGCAUUGAGAACAAGAGUGCCCAGUUCCAGUGCAAGGUGACCGGAAAUCCGACCCCCGAAGUAACAUGGUACAAGGGCACACGCGAGCUGCACGAGAGUCUCAAGUACAGCAUCACGCGCGAAGGUGAACUGUGUACGCUCAUCAUAUCGGACAUCUUUGGGGAGGACGCCGACGAGUACGCCUGCCGUGCCGUCAACAAGGGCGGCGCCCGUACCACUCGUGCAGAGCUGCUCAUCAAGACGGCACCGCACAUCAACGUGCCACCUCGCUUCCGCGAACUGGCCUGCUUCGAGAAGGGCGAGAAUGUGGUGCUCAAGAUUCCCUUCACGGGCUUCCCGAAGCCGCGCAUCAAAUGGUUCAAGGAAGGCGAGGAGAUCGAGAGCGGCGUUCACUUCGACAUCCAGACUGGCGAACGGCACGCCAUCCUCACCAUCCGCGAUGUCAACAAGACCGACAGCGGACCGUACCGCCUGGUCGCGGAGAAUGAGCUUGGCAUGGACUCGGCUAUCAUCAAGGUCCAGAUCAGUGACAAGCCCGAUCCACCGAGACACCCAGUGGUUGAGAACAUCAAUGAUGACAACUGCCUGCUGUCAUGGAAACCACCGCUGUGGGAUGGUGGAAGCCACGUCACGAACUACAUGAUUGAGAAACGAGAAAGCCCACUCACUACGUGGGUGCGCUGCGGCAACACCAGGUUUACAACACACCAGAUCACUGGCUUGAACCCAUCCAAGGAGUACCAGUUCCGUGUCUAUGCUGAAAACGUCUUUGGAAGGAGUGAGCCUUGUGAACCCACAACUCCCAUCAUGACCAAGCCUUCAAGGAAGGAAAAGAAGAAAGAUUACAUGGUUGACGAACACGGAAAGAAGAUCAGAGGAAAAUCUGAAGGCAAAAUUACAAACUAUGACCAAUUUGUGCAUGACUUUGACAAGUACAUUCCGCAACCAAUCGACAUCAAAACUUCCAGCGUGUAUGACUACUAUGACAUCCUUGAAGAAAUCGGAACGGGUGCCUUUGGUGUGGUGCAUCGCUGCCGUGAGAAGAAGACUGGCCACAUUUUUGCGGCCAAGUUCAUUCCUGUUUCUCAUCCUUUGGAGAAGUCCAUUAUCCGGAAAGAGAUAGACAUUAUGAACCAGCUGCAUCACCCCAAACUCAUCCGCCUUCACGAUGCCUUUGAAGAUGACGACGAAAUGGUGCUCAUCUAUGAAUUCAUGUCUGGUGGAGAGCUGUUUGAACGCAUCACAGACGAGGACUACAAGAUGUCCGAGGCCGAAGUGAUCAACUACAUGCGCCAGAUCUGUGAGGGUGUCAAGCACAUGCACGAAAAGAACAUUAUUCACCUUGACCUCAAGCCUGAAAAUAUUAUGUGCCAGACUAGGAAGAGCACGAAUGUCAAGCUAAUUGACUUUGGAUUGGCUACCAAGCUCGAUCCAAACGAGGUCGUCAAAAUAUCAACUGGCACGGCUGAGUUUGCGGCUCCCGAGAUCGUUGACCGCGAGCCAGUUGGCUUCUACACGGACAUGUGGGCAGUUGGUGUGCUGGCAUACGUCCUAUUGAGUGGUCUGUCACCGUUCGCUGGUGAGAAUGAUGUUGAAACACUGAAAAAUGUCAAGGCCUGUGACUGGGACUUUGACGACGAGGCAUUUGCGAAUGUUUCUGAAGAAGGCAAAGACUUCAUUCGCCGUCUGCUCACAAGAAACAAGGAUAAGCGUAUGACAGCACAUGAAUGUCUGGAGCACGAUUGGCUCAAGGGUGAUAUCAAGGAGUCGGCAACCAUUCCAAUACCCAACAGCCGGUACAUCAAGUUCCGGGAUCACAUCAGGGCCAAAUAUGGUCAUUACUGGGACUCAUGCACAGUUCCCAUUGGGCAUAUUGCAAACUACAGCUCGUUACGAAAACUCCACGACAAGAAGUACAACAUCCAUGACUUCUACUUCGAUCGACGACAAGCAGCACCACGCUUUGUCAUCAAACCAACAAGUGCGUUUGCCUUUGAAGGACAAAGUGCCAAGUUUUACUGCAGGGUUAUCGCUGCUGCGCCUGCCACCAUCACAUGGUAUCGUGACAGCUGUGAGCUGCGCCAGAGCGUAAAGCACAUGAAGCGCUACGAGGGCGACGACUACUACUUCAUUCUGAACCGGUGCCGCCUGGAUGACCGUGGAGAGUACAUUAUUCGUGCUGAAAACAGUUACGGCUACAGAGAGGAGCCUGUUUUCCUGAAUGUUCAAGCUAUGCCAAUCACGAUUCCAGAAGUCCGGCUAGAGGAACCCAUCAGGAGGCGCAGAGAGCCUCUGAAGUACGAUUUGUGGGAGGAGCCCGCCGACAGUGCUCCUUGCUUCACAUUCCAUCUCCGGCCUCGUGUCAUCCAGACCAACAUUGGCGUCAAGCUUCUCUGCUGCCUGUCUGGAAAGCCACAUCCAGAGAUCAAAUGGUACAAGGAUGGCAAAGAGCUCAGCAAGUUUGAUUACAACAUGACCCAUGCGGAUGGCGUAGUGACGUUGGAGAUUUUGAAUUGCAAGAAAGAGGAUGCUGGCAAGUAUGUCUGCAAGGCCAAAAAUGCUCUUGGAGAGGACGAAACGAACUGCUUCCUUAUCGUUGAAGACCGCCGCAAACUACCUGAAGGCCAUUCCCCGACCGUGAUACACCAUCACACAGGAGCCUCUCCUGCCUCGCCAACCCCUUACUCUGCCAAACCCGCUUACUCUGGCUACGACUCCUCUUUGUCCUCGUAUGCACGAGCCUCCGACCUAGGACUGCACUCCAAGAGCGACUAUUUGCGCAAAUCCUCCAAAUUCGCAGAUACCCGAUCUGUGAAGAGCUCGAGGGUCAGCGAUGUCUCGUCAUCUUAUUCUGCCAGGGACUACUCGUCUACGAGCAAGCACCUGGCUAGCUCCGACUACAAGUCAAGCAGCUCGUACAAGUCUGACUAUAAAUCAGACUAUAAGUCUGACUAUAAGUCAGACUAUAAGUCUAAAUCUGAUUACAAGUCAGACUACAAGUCUUCCUCCAAAGUCUCGUCUUUGUCCGACUACAAGUCCUCAUCGGAUUAUAGGUCCACAUCGGACUACAAGUCCAAAUCCGACUAUAAGUCUGACUUCAAGUCGUCUGAUUACAAGUCAGUGGACAAGAAGACAACCGACUACAGGGCUUCAGACGUGUCAUCUUUGUCAAGGCGAGACUCUGCAAAGGACCGUGUUGCGAGUACGCUAAGUUCUGCGGCUGCCAAGCUGUCACCUCCGCCGGACACUGGAGCCACCAAACGUGUUCAGAAGCCCUAUGGUAAGAAGGAAGGAGCAGAAGGCACUAGCCCGUCUCGUUCUCGGACUGCAACACAGGAGCUUAAACUUCCUGAUGAAGCGCCACCCAUGGUAGCACCAUCUUUCAAGGUUGGUCUUCAGGACAUGAACAUUAAGGAUGGCGAACCCCUCUUGCUCAAAGCUGUUGUGGACGGCGACCCUGAGCCAUCCGUGGAGUGGUUCAAGAAUGGCGAGUCUCUGAAAUCCUCAGACAUCAUCAGCUUGAAGUACAAAAACCGUGAAGCCAGUCUUUCUAUUGGUGAAGUUUACCCUGAGGACGAAGGAGAAUAUGUCUGCAGAGCAACCAAUGCUGAAGGCAAGGCAGAAACACGCAGCAAGCUUACUGUCCUGCCCAUGGAGAAAGAGGAGGCAGAAUCAAAAGGCUUCGAUGGCAAGUCGCCCAUCUUUGCCGAGCACCUUAAGAGCCACGUUGUCAAGGAUGGUGACGCAGUAACGCUGCAGUGUACAAUCAGAGGUUCCAACAAGUUUGAUGUCGUAUGGCUGCACAAUGAAAAGGAGAUUAAGUCUAGCAAGGACUUCCAAUAUGUGACGGAGGGUGACGUUUACAAACUUGUGAUUGCUGAAGUCUACCCAGAAGACAGUGGCACGUACACCUGUGAAGCUUUCAAUGACGUUGGGGAAGCAUUCAGCACCUGCACCCUGGAUGUCUUAGUUCCGGGUGAGCCAAUCGUGGGACCUGGAUUCUCCAUAUAUCCAAGGUCAGCGACAUCGGCUGAAGGCCAGCCAGUUGUGUUCAAGUGUGUCACGGACAAAGAAGCUCUCGGAGUUCGAUGGCUGAAGGAUGGCGAUGCCCUGAAGGAGGGUGCCCAUUACAAGAUUGCCCAAGAUGGCCGAACCUGCACAAUGACCAUCACACAGGCCACUGUAACCGAUGUGGGCCAAUACCAGGUUAUCGCUACAGAUGCUAGCGGUGAGAGCACUGCCAGCUUUGCCCUCAACGUUGUCUCAGAGGCUGACCAGCUAUGAACUCAGCACGGUCGAGCAGGUGCCGUCUAGGUGCAUCAUCUUGAACCUUUUGCAACGAAGUUUCUUCCUUCAACAAACUUUCUUUCUGUCUUCUGCAACAACAGGGCGGCAGGAUGGCAUCAACAGCAUUAUUUCUUCCAUUGCUGAUGGCCUUUUUUCUUUCUGUCUUCAAGAGAAGCUCACUCAUACACCAGAACGCGAGAAGUGUGCAGGCGCGUAGGGUACGAUGAUGCCAUCCUGCAGCAAUGAGUGCUGCCAUAUAACCAACAUCUUUCAGUUCAGCACUGCAGAGAGAUAACGAAAACUGUUACCAGUGCAUGAAUGUACUCUGACCUAGGUGUUUUUUUUUUUUUUUGGCUUGCUGUAACGUUUUCUUUUUUCUCACGCGAUAUUUUCGACUUUUUGGAGUGUUCAUUCUCCAACCUGUUACUGUCUCGAACUCGGCCUUUUUCUUUUCUUUCUUCGAAACUAAAACACUGUUAUCACAUACAGCAACAGUACUCUCUCGGGCAGCUAAACAUGUUUUGGCUUCUGCCGUGGCCUGCGCAGCUCCUGCAUCUCUAUCCAAAUUCAUGCGACACCGACCAGUGCACAGUUCACUGCGAUCCUAAUACAAUGUACUAAGACUUCAGAAGGUGGGGGCAGCUUCUGAAGAGUGCAGAGCUUGAGGCCAUGCAGAGGCGAAAACAUGUUUAGCAAACAGUGAUUGUUUGUAGCCUGAGCGUCAUUUUAUGAGCAUAUGUGAAUAAAAGAGAAGUCGGUGUAA